CGUGUGGAAUCGGCUGUGGGAAAUACGACGUGAAAGGUACUAGGUCCCCCGCGAUCAUGGCGGCUACCGCCCCCAAGGCCGGGGGUUCAGCUCCUGAGGCGGCGGGUUCCGCCGAAGCUCCGUUGCAAUAUAGCCUUCUUCUUCAGUACUUGGUGGGUGACAAGCGUCAGCCCCGGCUUCUGGAGCCUGGCAGCCUGGGCGGGAUCCCGAGUCCUGCCAAGAGCGAGGAGCAGAAGAUGAUCGAGAGGGCAAUGGAAAGUUGCGCCUUCAAGGCUGUGCUGGCCUGUGUGGGAGGGUUUGUCUUGGGAGGUGCGUUUGGCAUCUUUACUGCUGGCAUUGAUACCAACGUAGGCUUUGACCCCAAGGACCCUUACCGGACACCAACUGCAAAAGAAGUCCUGAAAGACAUGGGACAGAGAGGAAUGUCCUAUGCCAAAAAUUUUGCCAUUGUGGGCGCCAUGUUUUCGUGUACUGAGUGUCUGGUAGAAUCUUACCGGGGAAAGUCAGACUGGAAGAACAGCGUCAUUAGUGGCUGCAUCACUGGCGGAGCCAUCGGCUUCAGAGCUGGAGUAAAGGCCGGGGCCAUAGGUUGCGGAGGUUUUGCUGCUUUCUCUGCUGCAAUUGAUUAUUACCUACGGUGAAAGAAAUAGCCUGAAAGGAAGGAGGACGCCAGCCACCUUCAGGGCUGUUCUUUGGAGCAGUUUCUACACACUUGGCAUUGUUUCAGGGGUGAAGCCGAAACUGGUAGUGUGAAGGACCCACCUUGCUGCUCUCUCUCCAGACAUUGGGACAACCAUACUUUUCUACUUCUGAAUUCCAAGCAGGAUUUUCAGGGGAGAUGGUAUGGCAGGUGGUCUCCUUGCAGUACACAAAUCAGGAGGCCGUGUGUGGACUGUUAAAGAAUUAAGCUUGAACCAGGCUCAGCUCUGACCUCGCUCAGCUCUCCAGCUGUCAACAGGGAGGUGUUUGCCCAGAGCCAGGAAGCUCUUCUUCCUUCGGACUGUGCAAGCAUCCAUCAUGAGUUCCAGGGCAGGGCAAAGUAAACUUACGCCAUCGAGGCAGUUACGUAAUUUGAGUUAGUGUCUUUGCUGUCCUUGUUAAAAAUAUGUAUAUGGAGGCUGGUGAGAUGGCUCAAUGGUUAAUAGCACCGGCUGCUAUACCAGAGGUCCCAGGUUUGGUUCCCAGCAUCUACAUUGUGGCUUACAAUCAUCUGUAACUCUGGUUCCAGGGAUCUAAGGUCCUCUUCUGACCUUUGAGGGCACCAGGCACCUAAGAAGUAUACAGACAUAUAUACAUGCAGGCAAAAAUACCCGUUUUUUUUUUUUUUUUUUUUUAAAAAGCCUAUGUACUAUUAUAAGGAGCUAGUUUUUCAGAUUUCACACCUCCAACAAAAGAUGUCAGCUGGCCCAAAGAGUGACAAGUCCAAUGGAAAGAUUAGGAAACCUGUAAGGAACUCUGGGAGUGUUGCUCUUAGCGUCUGUGGAAACUGUAUCUUUGCUACCAUAGCCAUUCCAUCAGCUGGGCCUCUCUAGAAAGUCUAGCUGUGUUCCUGGAUGUAUUGCAACAGGCUGGUAACUCCUCUGUCUCCUCAAAGGCGUUGGGUUGGCUGAUGGUCAUGCCUACAGCUUACUGAACCCUGGGUCUCGGGCCCCAGCCCAGCCCAGGUGAAAGGUCCAUGAGUGUCUUGCUGUGGUCAUCCUGCCAGCCGAGUCACACUGUAGCUACUGGCUCAGAUCAGAUGGCGAAGGUCUGUUCACCACCACCCUUGUUCUCCAUUAAGCUUUUCUUUGGCUUUUGGUGGUUUGUUUUUUGUUGCUGUUGUUCAACAGUUCAGCCUAAUUAUACCAUGACAGGAAAUGAGCCUUUUAUGUUUGGGCUGUGCCACCAAAUUGUUUAGUGUGUGGGUGCAGGUGGAACUAAUGGGCUCAGUCCUUACCUCCUGUCAGCUGUGUAGGAGGCUCACCCAAGGCCUGUACCUGGCUGCCUUCAGCCAGCAUUCAGUCUGCUAUAUAGUAACCCUUCCACCUUUGCUUUGUUUUCUUCCUCAUCUCCACUCAACCUUAAGCAGAAUUCAAAGACUCAACUUCAACAUUAGUCAUCUGGGUGUGUAUUUGUAUUCGAAUAAUAGUAUCAGAUCCAGAAUAACACCUUUUGCUGUCUCCUUAGAACGGGUGUGAGUUAGUGCACGGGGCUCGUGAUCUUUGCUGAAUCCUUUUCAUUCAUUUGUGGAGGAAAGACUCCAAGGCUCUAUGCAUGUUUAGGCAAGUACUCAAUUAGUCAGUCUCCCUGCUUCUAGUCUGCAGUGAAUUCUGUAGGAUGCCUGCUCUAUUUCAUAAGCACAAGGCUUCAGUGGAGCCUAGCUCAGAGCUCUGAAACAAGCUUAGGAGUGCGUCCUAUAUCGUCUGUAAAUCCUUCACCUAGGAACACUGGUGCAAGGAUGGACUCUACCUGGUACCUGUCGAAGUAAGUGCUUGGGUGCCUGAGGUCUUUACCUGCUGCUCUUUCAUGUGAGCCCCAGUACAAGAACUGCUGCUAUCACAACUACCUUGGCAAAGAGGAGCCUCCUGUCAGUAGCCGUCAGUUGAACAACCCAACCCUUGUCUAUGUGGACCAUUCAAUCAAGAGAUGAAUAGCUUCCUGUUUUAGAUGGCUGGGGGUCAGUAUGAGCUCAUAAACCAAACAGCAAUUUGCAGACACAUCUGUUCUUGAUCUCUAGAAUAAACAGUGUCCAGUGACUUCA